CUUUUUCAUAUGCCUCAUCAUCUCUGUUCGGCUCUGAGUGUCUUUGCCCUCUCUCUCACUUCUCUCUUUCCCCUUGUUUUUUUCUCGCAUCCCCCCAUCUUUUUUCUCAGGUCUUUAACUCUGCCCUGUUCUUUUUCCACCUCGCUUUCACCUCUGAUAACUCUUUUCUCUCUUUUCAGUCCUUAUAUUUUUCUACCACACCUGUUUCUCUCAUCCUCUUCCUCCUACGUCUUUCCAUUAGCUUUCUGCCCCAAACCUCACUCUCUUCUCCCUCUUUCUCUCUCUUUCUCUCUCUCUGUCUCUCUCUGUCUCUCUCUGUCUCUGUCUGUCUGUCUCUGUCUCUCUCUCUGUCUCUCUCUCUCUCUGUCUGUCUGUCUCUGUCUCUGUCUCUGUCUCUCUCUGUCUCUCUCUCUCUCUCUGUCUCUCACCUUACCCAACUGAAUGUAUGGUAAAGGGUUCCUAGGCUGUGGUAACCCACAGCUCAGCUGUGUGCCAGCAUGAGAACAUAUAGCCACAUGAACAUGCAAAAACAUACGUGCUCUGAAUGGCUGAACUACAGAGAAUGGUUUCUCCCUGGACUGUAUAGAGAAAAAUCAGAUCAAUUUGUCACACAUUCACAGAAAAGAUAGCCCCUUGAGAAUUGUGUAGAUAUGAAGAUAUGUGCCACCCCUCACAUACAACUUCUCCUGAGACCUGAGAAAACCAAUGUGCAAACAACAAGAAGAGAUGAGCAAUUAAUAUGGUGUGAUCGAGAAAGAGAGGGGAAGGACAUUGGCUCAGGAAGAGGAGAACCCCCGGGAGCGGGGGAGAGUGAGAAACACAUGGGUGAAGAGCCUGUGAAGAAGCAUGCAGCACUUGGGAAAGGAUGGAGAGAGGAUGGAUGGAAGGAAAGACACAGGAAAAAAAGACAUCUACUAGGAGACCUCGGCCUCCAUCUUCCCAACCCUACUUAUAAAGGGUCGCGUAAAAACAAUCUCGGGCGAAAAGGGGUCGCGAGUGGAAAAAAGUUUAAGAAGCCCUGCUCCAGCGUACAGAGCAAACCCCGGAAGACCACCUUUAUAGCCUGGAUUUACGAGAUUUCUCAGUCAGUUGAACCCACUUGGUCUAGUUCAGUGGAGAACUAGGAUUUGUGUGAGGAAAUAAUCCCAGUCAGAAGGAUUUUGCAUCCUAAUAGAAGAGAAUGAAGUUGCCUUUUUACACAAUCUUCUCCAGUCUGGAAAACUGGACUUCCAUCUUCUUCAGAGGUUUCCUGGUCUGCCAUCAAGUUGUGGUCAUGACCUGCAGCCCUCCCCAAAACCUGUCCUCUGGUGGUUUUGAGCAUGUUAUGAGGUCUGGAGAAGAUAACUACCAAGAUAAGAUCCAAUACUCAUGCCAUGAGCCAUAUUACAAGAUAGUGCCUGCCAUGGACAAUGACCAGCCUCUACCUGGAACAUUCACUGACUCGACCCAGCACAUCUGGAAAGACAGAGAGAGAAGUGGGAAGAUUCCUCAGUGUUUACCUGUGUGUGGAAAACCAUCUACCCCUAUCGACCAGGACCAGAGGGCCCUUGUUGUAUCCAAAGCAAAGCUGGGAAGCUUCCCAUGGCAGGCUCUGAUCUUCAUCUAUGGGCGUGGAGGAGGAGCCCUGCUUGCGGAUCGCUGGAUCCUCACAGCUGCCCAUACCAUCUACCCUAAGGACAGCUUCUUCCAGAAGAACCACAGUGUGGAUGUGUUCCUAGGACACACAGACGUAGAAGAGAUCAUAAGGCUGGGGGCUUACUCUGUCCGUAGGGUCAUUGUGCACCCAGACUAUCGUCCAGAGGAUUCAGACAACUUUGAGGGUGACAUUGCACUACUGGAAUUAGAGAACAGUGUCCCCCUGGGCUCCAACAUCCUCCCCAUCUGUUUGCCAGACAAUGAGACUCUCUACGCCAGUGGCUUGGUGGGCUAUGUCAGUGGCUUUGGGAUGGAAAGGGGCCGGCUGGUUAGCCAGCUGAAAUAUGUGCGUCUGCCUGUUGCUAAGAGAGAGGCUUGUGAGGCCUGGCUUCUGGAGAAGAAUCGGACUGAGGUGUUUUCCCCAAACAUGUUCUGUGCUGGAGACAGGACUCUAAAGCAAGGUGUCUGCCAAGGAGACAGUGGAGGAGUAUUUGCUGUGUGGGACAACACUACUGAACGUUGGAUGGCCACAGGCAUUGUGUCCUGGGGUACUGACUGCAGCAAAGGGUAUGGCUUCUACACCAAGGUCCUCAACUACAUGGACUGGAUCAAGGGCAUAAUGGAAGGGGAGGCCUGAGCCCCAAGGGAUACUCUAGCCUUGGCAUAGAAAUCACCAUGGGCUUGAGGGUCUCAAAGAGUGGUUUCAGAGAGUCCAUUACUUUCAUAACAACAUUAAGUCAUUUUAAUUCUAAUAUGGUAAAUAUCAAUAGAUAUAACCCACUUUUAAAAAGUUAUUUGGGGUCCUCAAUAAUUUUUAAGAGUAUAAAGGGUAUGAGGGGCAGCUAGGUGGUGCAAUGGAUAAAGCACCGGCC